CCGCUGUAUUUCUCUCGCUUCCCCAUGCCUUCUCCUCUCCUCUUAUCGAAGCCUCCUCGCGCCCCCUUCCUCCCCCCUUCACCUCAUCCUCCUUUUUCUUCUUCUUCCCCUCUUCUCGACUCGCUUCUUCUCGUUUGUAGGGUUUCUCCUGCGAUCCAUGGCAAGGUUCGGAGGGAAGCACACGCCGAGGAAGUACGUCUUCCUCUUCUCCGUCGUCGUCCUUCUCGGGAUUGUCCUUGUCGCGGACUUCCUCUGGGCCUCUUCGUCCUCGUCCUCGUCCUCCUUUUCGCGCUACUGGUCCACCACCUCGGAUCGCUCGCUCGAUAGCGUCAUCGGUCUGGACUCGGCAAAGGGUGAACAGACCAAAGGAAAAUUGAAAGGUGACAAAGCAAAAGUUUCCAAAUAUCUGAAUGCAACUUUCGCGGAUUUACCAGCUCCUCAAUUAGAGUGGGAGGAGAUGGCUGCGGCACCUGUACCUCGUCUAGAUGGUGCUGCUAUACAGAUUAAGAAUCUUUUAUAUGUGAUCGCUGGAUAUGGCACCAUUGAUUAUGUGCAUUCUCAUGUGGAUAUCUAUAAUUUCUCUGACAAUACAUGGGGUGGAAGGUUUGAUAUGCCAAAAGAAAUGGCGAAUUCACAUUUAGGAAUGGCAACAGAUGGAAGAUACAUUUAUGCUGUCACUGGACAGUAUGGCCCACAAUGUAGAGGUCCUACAAAUCGCAAUUUUGUGCUGGAUACAGAGACAAAAGUGUGGCAUGAAUUGCCUCCCUUACCUGUUCCUAGGUAUGCUCCAGCAACACAACUUUGGAGGGGCAGACUCCAUGUUAUGGGUGGCAGCAAGGAAGACCGCCAUGAGCCUGGUUUGGAGCACUGGAGCCUUGCAGUGAAAGAUGGAAAAGCAUUAGAGAAAGAAUGGCGAAAUGAGAUUCCAAUACCACGUGGUGGACCUCACAGGGCAUGUGUUGUUGCUAAUGACAAGCUAUAUGUUAUUGGUGGUCAAGAGGGUGAUUUUAUGGCUAAACCAGGAUCACCAAUUUUUAAGUGUUCUCGAAGACAUGAGGUUGUGUACGGUGAUGUUUACAUGCUAGAUGAUGGAAUACAAUGGAAGCAAUUGACUCCAAUGCCUAAACCAGAUUCCCAUAUAGAAUUUGCAUGGGUUAUACUUAACAAUUCCAUUAUUAUCGUUGGAGGCACGACAGAGAAACACCCUAUAACCAAAAAGAUGGUGUUGGUUGGUGAAGUCUUCCAAUUUCAUUUAGAUACCUUGACUUGGUCGGUGAUUGGGCGGAUGCCUUUCCGCAUCAAGACCACGUUGGUUGGUUUCUGGGAUGGAUGGCUAUAUUUUACAUCUGGACAGCGCGAUAGGGGACCAGAGGAUCCAUCUCCGAAGAAGGUUGUUGGAUGCAUGUGGAGAACUAAACUAAGAUUAUAAUCCAUUCAUUAAUUGAGAUCCAAAUCAAGUUUCUGGGAGCUUUAGUUAGUUUUCUAUCUGUAGCUUGUUCAUUGUUUCAGGGGUUCAUCUUUUUGUCCCUGUAUAAAUGUAUAAGUCAACUACUAGUAUUUCCCAAAUUUUUCAUGUAAUAAUAUGUAACAUAUGUAACUCCGUUAUCGUAUUUAGUUCGUGUUAAUAUGACUGCUUUUUAGGAAAAUGUGCAAGACAUGCCAUUGUUCAUAA